UGAAGCAUUGCUGCUGUGGCGAAUAUCUGGCCGGGAUCAGCCAGUGAAGGAUCUUCCUGACUCAACCCGGAGUCACACCAACAGCACUGACAGUUAUUAGUGUAUGCAUGUGCGCGCGCUUGACUGAUUCAAUAAAGUGUCUGUUUGCUGAAAGUAUGAUUUUCUCGGUUCGAGUUACACUGCGUAAACCCCAGGAAAUGCGAUCGUUGGGCAGGCACCAGCGAAUGUGCACUUUUCAGGAUCAUCCAUAAUACCAUCAACACCGCCUAACUCCUCCAUUGUCACCUUCACAAUUCAAGUGUAUGGGAAGUUAGCGGGACAAAGUUUUUGGUGUUCUUUUCCCAUUUUUAAAUGACUUUUCUGACAAGCCUGCUGAGGAAAGGUUCUCCCUGUUUUUGACACGAUAGGUCACUUUAUCGCAUAUAUACGGAUGUUGUUGUUAGCGAUGGAUUAUGCUGCGCUUAUAUAGUUGACGUCAUUUGGGAGAUUAAGGACUAUGCGAAACGUUAUCGAUGUGGUACUGUGCAUGUUAAUUGAUGAGCUGUGGAAAUGAGGUUGUCCAAUCGAUCAUACCGCAAAGCACAGCGUAACCAAUGGCCAGAAAAGUAUCAUUCACUGUUACGCCAACGGUAUCAACUGUGGCACCCACACAGGCAGCUGGCGCUGUCGCCAACGGACACGGAAUUCCCAAAGUCGAGCCAAAAAUCGACCUCAAAGAUCCUAUGCAGAUUUUCUGGUUUUUCAAAUUUAAUCCGAACUGGGUAAUUAAUCCGGAAAGUAAUGGAUAUUAUCGUUGGCUGUUUGUUGUGUCUCUUGCCGUACUCUACAACGUCCUCUUCAUUUUCCCGCGGGCUGUUUUCUGGGAGUUCUCCGAGCCGGAAUACUGGAUAUACUUCACUGCCUUAGACUAUGUUGCGGAUCUGGUGUAUGUUAUCGAUCUCUUUGUGCGGAUGUGCUGCGGCUACCUGGCCGAGGAACGUGUCAUGAUUCGGGAGCCGCGUAAAUUGGUUAAACACUGGUUGCGCUCCGUCAAGGGGAAACUGGAUGUCAUCAGCAUCCUGCCCACCGAUAUUGCCUUUUUCUGGACCGGCCUCCGCUGGCCCUACUCCAUAAUACGGGUGAAUCGUCUCCUCAAAUACGGUCGCUUCACCGAGUUCACCCGCCGCACCGAGGGCCGGGUCAAAGCCGCCGAUAUCUUCCGCUUGUCCGUCCUGUUACUGACAUGGAUUGGGAUGAUGCACUGGUGGGCGUGUUUAUACUACUUCAUCAGUGAAAAAGUGGGAUUAAAUAGUGAUGGUUGGGUGUACCCUGCCGAAGAGGUGGACUGGAGGAAAAAAGAUGGCACAACGAACGCAGAUGACUCCUUGUACCGGAAGUACAUCUGGAGUUUCUACUGGGCCCUCAUGACCUUAACGAUGAUUGGGAUCAUCAAACAGCCGGAGCUGGAAUGGCAGUUUCUCUUCAUGUUCGCCAACUUCACGCUGUCUGUCAUGUUGUUCUCGCAAAUCCUGGGCAAUGUGUCGCGCACCAUCAUCAACCUUAGCGCACACGAAAACGAAUUCCGUGCACGAAUGGAUGCCGUUAAAAGUUACAUGGCUGCGAGAAACAUCGGCAUAGAGCUGCAGCAGCGGAUAGUGAACUACUUUGAAUACCAGUGGACCAAUCAGCAGAUUAUGGACGAACGAAAAGUCUUGACCUGUCUUCCUAAUAAACUACAAGCCGAUAUCGCUAUGAAGGUUCAUUUGGAGACUUUAAAGCAUGUUCGGAUCUUCCAAGGCGUUGAAUCCGGUUUACUGGUGGAUUUAGUGUUAAAACUAAAACUGCAGGUAUUUUCUCCCGGUGAUUACAUAUGCCGUAAAGGUGAUAUUGGGAAAGAGUUAUACAUAGUCAAGCGCGGCUGCCUGGAAGUGGUGUCGGAUGCCGGCGACGUGGUCUUUGCCACGCUGGGCGAAGGCAGCGUCUUCGGGGAGAUCAGCAUCCUCAACAUUGUCGGCAUUAAGUCCGGCAACCGGCGCACGGCCAAUGUGCGCAGCAUCGGCUACUCGGACCUGUUUUGUCUUUCAAAAGAAGACCUGUGGGACGCCCUCAAGGAGUAUCCGGAGGGGAAGAGUAAAAUGAUUGAGCUGGGCAAACAGCUGCUGAUCAAGGACAAUCUGCUGGAUGUGGAAGCGGCGGAGCGGGAAGAGCGCCGGCACAAUCAGUUUCUCGAUAAACUGGAAACGGUCGAACGCGACGUGGACGUUCUGCAGACGCGCUUCGCUCGACUGAUGGCCGAGCGCGGCAGUGCCGUGCAGAAGAUGGAGAAACGCAUUGCGAAAAUUGACCAUUUGUUCGAUCUGAGAAUCACUUGAAUCAUGUGUUCGAUCAGAAACAAUUUUACCUGGUUGAAGUGAUUGCAAAUUCUAGCUGUGUUACUACUGAGCAUAA